AUAUGUGUUCCGGGUUUGCUCAGAGAGCACAGCGAUAAAAACAAUUGUAGGUCUUUUUUUCCUUCAUUUUAAUGGUCAGGGCCUUUUUGAAAAAUAGAGCCUUUCAUCAUUUCUUAUAGAGGACGUCUGUAAGAAUGAAUUUCUUCAGAGGAGUGAUAACAGGCCAGGCUGCCGGGCCACAACCAACAGGAGCGGAGACGAUCCAGAAGUUGUGUGACCGGGUUGCCUCUUCAACACUUUUAGAAGAUCGCAGAGAUGCUGUUCGGGCUCUUAAGUCCCUCUCUAAGAAAUAUCGCAUGGAAGUGGGCACACAAGCAAUGGACCACUUGAUUAACAUCUUGCAGACAGACAGGUCUGACUCAGAAAUCCUUGGAUAUGCUUUGGACACACUCUACAACAUUAUCUGCAAUGAUGAGGAAGAAGAACAAGAUGAAUCAGAAGAUGAGAAUGCUCAGAAGCAGGCAGAUGACCUCGGAGCCCAGUUUACAGAGAAGCUCAUCCAGGACCCUGAACACAUAACCCUACUGCUCACCCUGUUGGAGGAGUUCGACUUCCAUGUCCGCUGGCCUGCAGUGAAGUUACUGACUGCCCUCCUGAAGAACCAGGGUGUUCAGGUGCAGGGUAUCAUCCUCGUCAGCCCAAUGGGUGUUUCCAGAUUGAUGGACUUGUUGGCAGACUCUAGAGAAGUCAUUCGCAACGAUGGUUUGCUGUUGCUUCAGCAGCUGACCAAAGGCAACGCAGCCAUUCAGAAAAUCGUGGCGUUUGAGAACGCAUUUGAGCGCCUCCUUGACAUCAUCACAGAAGAGGGCAGCAGUGAUGGAGGCAUUGUGGUGGAGGACUGUUUGCUGCUGCUGCUCAACCUGUUGAAGAACAACAGCUCCAACCAGAACUUCUUCAAAGAGGGCUCCUACAUCCAGAGAAUGAAGCCUUGGUUUGAGGUCGGCGACGAUAACUCCGGCUGGUCAGCUCAGAAAGUCACUAACCUUCACCUCAUGCUGCAGCUGGUGCGAGUGAUGGUGUCACCUGUAAACUCACCUGGAGCCACAGCCAACUGUCAGAAGUGCAUGUUCCAGUGUGAUCUGUUGCAGCAGCUGUGCACCAUCCUCAUGGCCACCGGAGUGCCUGCUGACAUCCUCACUGAGACCAUAAACACUGUUUCCGAAGUUAUCAGAGGCUCACAGGUCAACCAGGACUACUUUGCUUCAGUCAACGCUCCUUCAAAUCCACCAAGACCAGCUAUUGUGGUGCUGCUUAUGUCCAUGGUGAAUGAGAGGCAACCAUUUGUGCUUCGCUGUGCGGUCCUUUACUGCUUCCAAUGUUUCCUUUACAAAAACCAGAAAGGCCAGGGGGAGAUAGUGGCUACGCUGCUACCCUCCACGAUUGACGCUAAUUCCAUCUCAGCAGGUCAGCUGCUGUGUGGAGGCCUGUUCUCAGCAGACUCUCUCUCCAACUGGUGUGCCGCUGUGGCCCUGGCUCACGCCCUGCAGGACAACCUCACUCAGAAGGAGCAGCUGCUGAGGGUUCAACUUGCCACCAGUCUGGGCAAGCCCCCCGUCUCUCUGCUGCAGCAGUGCACCAACAUCCUCUCACAGGGUGAUAAGAUCGUCCGGCGGGGCAGUAAAGUCCAGACCAGAGUGGGCCUCCUCAUGCUGCUGUGCACUUGGAUCAGCAACUGCCCGAUUGCCGUCACUCACUUCCUCCACAAUCAGGACAAUGUUCCCUUUCUGACUGCUCAGAUCUCAGAGAACCUGGGGGAAGACGAGCGGCUUGUGCAGGGCCUUUGUGCCCUGCUGCUCGGUAUCUGCAUCUUUUAUAAUGACAACUCACUUGAAAACUACACCAAGGAGAAACUAAAGCAGCUCAUCGAGAAACGCAUCGGAAAGGAAAACUUUGUAGAAAAGCUGGGCUUCAUCACCAAACACGAGCUGUAUUCACGGGCAGCCCUGAAACCGCAGCCCGUCUUCCCAUCUCCAGAGCAGAUGCUUUUCGACCACGAGUUCACCAAACUAGUUAAAGAACUGGAGGGUGUGAUAACCAAAGCAGUUCACAAGUCCAGUGAGGAGGAGAAGAAGGAAGAGGAGGUGAAGAAAACAUUAGAGCAACAUGACAACAUUAUAACUCAGUACAAAGAGCUGAUCAGAGAACAGGAUGCUCAGAUCCAGGAGCUGAAAGAGCAGAUGACCACUAUGAACACUCAGAACGAACAGAUGCAAGCUACCAUCACCCAGCAGCUCUCUCAGAUCCAGCAGCACAAAGACCAGUACAACAUCCUGAAACUAAAAUUAGGUGGGUUCUCUGCUACAGUACCUGCCAACAGGUGUGGGUCCUGUCCCCCAGGGAAGGAGAACCAGAGUCUGUCCAGUAGCCAGGGAGAAAGCUCUCAGGUGAACGGGCUGCAGACAGAGGAGCUGUCUCAGCUCAGAGAGGAGCUGGAGGAGCUCCGCAAGCAGCACGCUCUUCUUCAGACACAACUCGGUGACAAGGACGCACUGAUCGACAGCCUGAAAUCUUCAGCGCAGACAGAAAGUCCAGCAGGAGGAUCAGACAACACAGAGCUGCUCCAGGAACUGGAUGCUUUAAAGAGUCAGAUUCAGUCCCAGUUGGCAGAAAUCAACCAGUUGAAGGUGGAGAGACAGGAACUGCUAAGAAAAGCUGAAGCUGUGUCCUCGGACACGGCGCCCACUAGUGACGGCACGUCCGAUGCCACCAAAGCAGAUCUGGAGAGCAGACUCAUAGCUCAGACGUCUGAAACAGAGAAGCUCAAGGAAAGCCGGGCAGAGCUGGAGCAGCAGCUGGCGUCGGCCACCAGCUCAGUGGCCAUCCUGCAGACGGAGAAGACAAAACUUCAAAGUGAGCUGCAGGAGUCCAAGAAGGAGCAGGAUGACUUGCUGAUGCUGCUGGCAGACCAGGACCAGAAAAUCACCGCCCUCAAACAGAAACUUAAAGACCUGGGAGAGAUGGUGGAAGAUGAAGACGACAUUGAUGCCAGGGACCAGACGUCUGAGGAGGACGAUGAAGACGAGGACUAGAAACACUAAAGAGAAGAACUGAUGUCAGUUUGUCUCCCAGGAGGCUAGAAAAGACUCACCUGAGAAACUGAAGAAGAGAACUAAUAUAUAGAAACAGUUUCUCCUCCCUGCUGCCAUGCUGUGUUAAUUUUUAUUUUUAUUUUUUAUUUUUUUUGUCACAUCUCACGCAGAUAUUUCAUUUUUUCGGUGAACUUGUCAGUGCAUUCAUCUCCAUGUUUUUCAUCAGUUUGACCAGUUUCCUGUUUAUUGCAAUGUUCUGUUAUGCUGUUUCUAAUCAGACAGAAGACCCUGUACAUUUUUUUUACGCACAAUUUAUCUGGAAAAAAAAAAUCAGGAGAUUUAAAAAGCAUUUCUAAACGGAUCGUUGUCCUGUUGAGCUCUUUAAGCCCUUUCCCUGCACUGCUGAUGGCACCUGUAGGCCCAUCUGCAACGUGUCGGUCACCGUUUCUGCACCCUGAAUUUGUCUGCCUUCAUGUUUAGCGACAUCUACAGUAUUUAACACUCUGUUUUGUUUCGCUUUGACGGCUCAACCAGACUGCUCUGCAAUAUGCUGCAAAAAAAAAAAAAAAAAAACUGACAGGAAAACACGAAAAGAUGUAUUUUUGCAACUUUUUGGUCCUGGACUGGCAUUCAGCUUCUGUAUGAUAUAACUUAUCAAUUUAAGAGCCAACUUGAAAUGAGUAAAGAAUCUAUCUGUAUGCCAUGUGGAGGAAAAUUUGUAGAUAAAUUAAAUUUUACUAAAUCCACAA